AAACAUCACGUGACUUGGGCCUACUGCACAGCACAUUCGCUGUGCCUUCUUCUCAUGUCGAGUUUUGCUACUCUCUGCCUGAUCGUAGGAGUCUAAAGCUUCUUUGGGGGGUUUCCUGCACCUCCUGUACUUGCAGCAGUGGACCGAUCGGUCCAGAACAACCUGAUCCUGCCGCCAUGGCCCACAGCUACCCCAGCCGCGGCGGCCUGCAGAGUCCAGAGGGCGUGUUGUUGCGAGAGAUCCAAGUCAACUUGCUGGAGUGUAAAGUCUGCUUUGAGAAGUUUACCGCUCAGCAUUCCGAGCGUAGGCCGCAGAACCUCUCGUGCGGUCACGUCCUGUGUCUGGAAUGCAUCAGAGCUCUGUCCCACCCUCUCCUCGGGAAGCUGGAGUGCCCCUUCUGUCGACAGCUGUGCAGCGUCGACGCCACCUCCCACUGCCAGGCUCUGUGCGACCUGCAGGAGAUGCUAUUCUUCAUCCCCGCCUGUCCUCGCUUGGACAAAGAAGAAGAGGUUGCGGGCGUGAGCGCCAAAGCCUUGCACCGCCGUGCCACUUUUGGCGGUUGGGGGGCUCUCAUCAACCCCUCAGGAGUGGCUGUGAUGAGGUCCUCAGGGACUAUGUUUGUGGUGCACGACGGCGUUGAGAGGGUGGUGGUGUUGGGUCCACAGGGCAAGAAGCAGCACGCGUUUGGACCGAGAGGACACGCCAGUGGGGACGUUUGCUUUGCGGUGGAUGUGGCGGUGACCCCCUGCGGUCACGUCGUGGUGACGGACGCAGGAGACAAAGCGGUCAAGGUGUUCACCUCCAGGGGCAGCCACGUGGUGACCAUCAAGGCCUGCUUCGCUCUUCCCUGGGGGGUGGACACAGACCGUAGGGGACACAUCUUGGUGACCGACAUCCAGGCAGGAACGCUGUCCCGCCUCAAGGUGCACUACAAACACGGCGUGGCCCUGGAGGAGGGAGUGGUGGUGUCAAACCUGCAGCAUCCUAAAGCGGUCAGCUGCUGCGCCUGCACGGCGAACACAGCAGUGAUGCAGCACCUUGCACAGGACACACAGCAGCUCACUGUCUUCACCCAGGACUUCCACCUUCUCUACCAGGUGAACACUUUUGCUCUACAGCUGAUGUCCUCUGUUAAAAUGUCAGGUGUGACCUUUGACACAAACGGACACCUGCUUGUGGUGGACUCCCAGCAGGGGAUGAUUUGGAGUUUUGGGACCAUGCAAAGUGGUCCGGUCCUCACUCCUCUGGUCUCAGAUCAGCUUAUUCGGCCUGUUGGACUGGGGACACUUAACAACACGCUCGUUGUAGUGGACGCUGGAGACCACACACUCAAAGUUUACUCUUGACUGCACGGACGCUUACAUCAAUGCUUUUUUCACGCCCCCCCUGAAGUUAUUGUUUAUUUUUGUUUUGUCAAGAUAGUAUAGUUCUUUACUAACACUAAAGAUGCUAUUGCCUCUCAUGGCCCCCCUUUCCCCAACACCUCAUGGCAGCCCCACUAUUUAAGAAGGGACAGAAUGUUUUCACGCCCCACCCCGAAGUGAAUGUUUGUUUAUGUUUCUGUAUGUGUCAAGAUCUACGCCAGGGGUGUCAAACUCAUUUUAGCUCAGGGGCCGCAUGGAGGAAAAUCUGUGCACACGCGGGCCGGACUAUUAAAAUCAUGGCAUUAAAACUAAGAAAUUAAGACAACUUUAAGUUGUUUUCUUUGUCUUACUUUGGCCAAAAAUAGAACAAACACAUUCUGAAAAUAUUACAAUAAAAAUAUAGAAAAAAAUACCGGCAGCUGUAAAGUUUAGAUCCAUAAAGGAAAGAAGAAAGUGAAUGAAUGUUUAUAACUGAAUACAUUUACAUAUGCAUAAAAAUGUGUUUUCUUUUGUUUUUUGUUUUUAUUAAUUAAGUUACAUUUAUGACAACUUUUUUCCAAAACACAAUAUAGAAUGUGAGAUAUAACAGCAUAAUGUGUACAUUUAUCAUUUGUUUUCAAAAUGGUUACAAAAAAGUGGGACCCCAUUUUUAUGACUUGAUGGGGUCCCUGGGACCCCAUUUAGAAAAUUCAUAGCGCCAACACUCAUGAAAUAUUGGUGCGUGCAAAACAGCAGCAGGCGGCUGUGGCCUGCGGGCCGGUUCUAAUACUAAUCAAAUAUCAUCCCGUGGGCCAUAGAUAAUUCAUUCGCGGGCCGGAUCUGGCCCUCGGGCCUUGACUUUGACGUCACUGAUCUACGCCAUUACGCUAUUUCCUCUCAUGCCACCCCCAACACAUAUCAUGGCACCCCAACAGGGGGGGCCAGCCCCACUAUUUAAGAAGGGACAUAAUAUUUUUUUUAGACACACACACACACACAUAUCACGGGGACCUGCCCCACUAUUUGAGAAGCACUGAAUGAGAUGGACAUAUAGAUAGAUAGAUAGAUAGAUAGAUAGAUAGAUAGAUAGAUAGAUAGAUAGAUAGAUAGAUAGAUAGUACUUUAUUGAUUCCUUCAGGAGAGUUCCCUCGGGAAAAUUUAAAUUCCAGCAGCAGUGUACAAAAUUGUAAAAAGUAAAUAAUGGGGGUAUAAAUGGAGACAAAAUAGAAAAAUAUUACAAUAGAAUAAAAAUAAAAAGCAACGAUGAGCAUAAAAAUAUAACAGUAAAAUAAGAAUGUAACAAGAGAAACUAGGCAGUAGUGACCAUGUUAUGAGAAAGUAUUUCACUGUUAUUGUUUUGCAUCCCCUGUCAUCCU